AUGCGAAAAUUUCAGGAAUAUUCAGAUGAUUCAGGAAGCGAACCGGAUGUUGACUUGGAGAACCAGUAUUAUAAUGCGAAAGCAUUGAAGGCAGAAAAGGAUUUCAGUGGAGCGCUGCAAGCGUUUGAAAAAGUUUUGGAACUGGAGGUAGAGAAGGGUGAAUGGGGAUUUAAGGCACUCAAACAAAUGAUCAAAAUCACAUUCUCUUUGAGCGAAUAUGAUUCGAUGCUAUCGUAUUAUCGUCAACUCCUUUCCUACAUAAAAACCGCUGUCACAAAGAACUAUUCAGAGAAAUCGAUAAACGCAAUACUUGAUUAUAUUUCAACAUCGAAACAGAUGGAUUUACUGCAGAAAUUCUACGAAACGACGCUCGAUGCAUUGAAGGAUGCGAAAAAUGAAAGACUUUGGUUCAAAACGAACACAAAAUUGGGUAAAUUGUAUUUCGAUCGAAGGGAGUUCGGGAAACUGGAGAAGAUAGUGAAGCAACUUCGUUCGUCAUGUAAAACUGAAGAGGGUGAAGAAGAUCAGAAGAAAGGAACCCAAUUGCUAGAAGUUUAUGCGCUCGAAAUCCAAAUGUAUACCGAGCAGAAGAAUAAUAAAGCACUCAAAGCACUCUAUGAACAAAGUUUGAAUGUGAAGAGCGCAAUUCCACAUCCUCUCAUUAUGGGUGUUAUCAGAGGUGAUACAGUUGGCUUUUUGCACCGUUGA